AUGGACCAUCAGUUGCGCUUUAACGAGCCCGCUGGCGACGACUACGUCGGAGACCACGAGACCAUCGACCACGACUACGGCCGAAAUUACGAGACCACCAGUCACAACUAUGGUGGGAAUUACGAGGCCACCGGCCACGAAUAUGGUGCGAAUUACGAGACCACCGGCCACGAAUAUGGUGGGAAUUACGAGACCACCGGUCACGAUUAUGGUGGGAAUAACGAGACCACCGGCGAUGAAUACGUCGAAAACUACAAUAUCGACUCGGCUUUGGACGAUGUGACCGCACCGCCUUGCCCUUUCUACGGCACGGAGAGCUACGGAGAAUACGGGGACAGUGCGGGAUAUCCGUACGAAUUUGGUGACCGUCAUCAUCUCACCCUCACCAACUUCGAUCAGGAUACCGCUCUGGCGAACGGCGCCUAUUCCCCCGAUAUUGAACUUGACCAGGGAGGGGUCAAUUCCGCCGCUCCCACAGCGUUUCCACCUCAGUCGCCUUCGCCGCUUCAGUUCCACCAGCCCACGUCGGACCCUCGAGUCGCAUUGGCGCAGGUGAAUGUCAACCUACCAUACCGAGACAACUCAUCUUGGGAUCCCGUAGCUGCUACGGCGGUGCCUUACGCCCCUAAUUUCGGCGGGGUCACGAAUGUAUACGGUCACACAUUACCCAGCAGUACUGCCACACGCAGCCAGGCUGAUGCGCUGUCUUACCUGGGUUCUCCCGGGCCCUCGACCUGGGAUGGCGUCAGCACCCGCAGUGGCCAUACGGACAGCUCUUCUACGGCCUGCGAGAUGUGUGGUCGACCUUUCGGCAACUCAAGACAGAUGCGGCGACAUCGGCAAGAGGUUCACCGUGAAUCUCACGACCCUCAGUAUGUGUGCAAGUGCUCAUACCAGGCUACGCGCAAGUACAACUACAUCCGGCACCUGAAAACGACUUGCAAGAAGAGACGCGAUCCUAGCCUUUGGUUUACUUGCAUCUGCCAGGUACCCUUUGACAAUUACGAAGAUCAUUUGGCACACGUCGAAACCUGCGGGAGAGGGCAACCCGGACGGCCCCCGAACAGCACCCGAAAUGUUCUAAACUGA